UGUUCGGAAUGUCUCAGUAGCUCACAGUUGCUAACACGUCUGUUAAACAGUACAAAUACAGUUUUAUAGUACGCAGAUUGGGUUUUAUUUGUUGCCUAAGGAAAUAUGGAUAAUUCGGCGAAACACUUACUGCAGCGACUGGUGCGACGGAUCCCUGCUUCGAUGCUAAAAUCCACGCUGGACAAGUGGGAGCGUCUGACCGCAGAAAAGCGAAAAUCUUUAGAUUUCACUCAGUCAAAAUGGAUCAUAACCCAAGAACUAGUCGCCCUUUGUGAGAAAAGUGAACUGACUGUAAAACACAUCACAGAACUUGAGAUGAUAUAUAUCACUGAGAAUCCAAACCAGGGAAUGUGGCACACCUUCCAGCUUGUGGAACCUGAGGAUGAUGCUCACUCUGUGGAGCUAAUGCAGUUUAAAGAACAAUUCAAAUCCCAUCUCAGAGAGCUCCAAAGAAAUGUGUCGGUCAAAAUUAAGAAGCACACAGACCAAGCUGUUUGGAUCCGAGUUGCCUGGGGAGACGGCUUAUCUUCGCCCAACCACCUGAAAGCAACAUAUGUUGUUCUUUAUCUCCAGACCCCUUAUGUUUUUGUUAAUGCUUUGUCUUCAAAGCAUAAGCCUCUGCUCUUGCAGGCUUUGACUUUGUCCACCAGACAUCAACAAAUUAAGGCUGCUAACCUGAGUGGACAGAAACUGACCGCUCUCAGGGACCUGCUGAUGAGGCAGUACCAACAAGUGUUUCCAACAAAGUACCCCAGCCCUCUCGCAGAGAGUGAUCAAAGCAUUUCAAAGCUGCGCGUUGAAAAGGUGCAAGCUGAGGCAUCAGCAAACAGACAUCGAAUGGCGGGAGAAACCUUCGGCGAUGGGAUGUUACCUGCACUGCAAUCUGCAGUCUUUAAGCUGGAAACAAAAUUCAAAGACCCCACUAAUGAAGCCAUGACACAACGGGAUGAGCCAUUCAUAUGUAGUGUUAAAUUUUCAAGUUCCAACCUCCUUGAAUCACUCAGACAUUGUGCAUCCUCAGGAAUUGCCUCAACCCCUGUCACACCCAUGCUGUCAUCUAUUCCUCUAAAAGGAAGGAAUUAUUUUGUCAUUACGGACAAUGUUCUGACUGCUUAAUCAUAACUGUGCCAGACACAGCCCUGAUUUUCAAUUGGCCCCUACUGGAAUGAGUCACAACUUUUCCCACACUUUCAGGUAAAUUAUUGUCCAUAGACAUUUUAGUUUAAACCAGACCAUUUUAAUAAGCCUCUCUUAAAAAUAUAUAUAUAUAUAUAUAUAUGUUUUUCUCUUUUUUAUGCACCUUAUGCCAUGUAAAUCUGGAUUUUUAAAGCUAGUGGCUUUUUUUACUUUAUGUUGUCAUGGGUAAGGAUUGUACAAUUAGUAAUUGUUGAGUUACUCUUAGUUAAGCUCUUGAAGAUUGUCUUUUUAGUACCUCCUGCAUAAUACAUACAUGUUGUAUAAUAAAAGUUUUCCUUUUUUAAUCAAAACAUUAGUUGUGCAGUUUUGGAACAACAUUAGUUGUGCAAUUAUGUAUAUAUAUAUAUUAAAGUUGUCUAUUAAAGUGUUUCUUUUUUUGCAUAAUUUAUCAUAUCUGAAAUGAAACAAGCUCUCUCUAACCUUAAAACCAUAAAAAUUGGAAAAAGUCAUAUUUUUAUUUAUGCAUAUUCUAAUAUCCAGAAGAAAUAACGUAACAUUCCAGUUUCUUCUGUUAUGUAAUGAAAUUUAGAUGGGAUUUUGGAUUUGCGUUUUUUUAA